AACGCUAAGACAUGGAUCUUCACCCAUCGGGGCUGAGUGAUGAAACAGAGACUGAGCAACUGAGCGUGGUGUCUCCCCUUCUACUACCUUUUCUCUUCUGCUUUUAUCAUCUUGGCCUGCUGAGACUGGUUGACCAACAAAAACUCGUGAUAGCCUCUUGUUAAGGAUCGCGAGGCUGAAAGUUCUGAUAUUCUUUGAGAGAAGCUCUAUAACGACAUAAUGCUCGCCAUCUUACCCUUCACCGUACUGCUGGGCAGCUUUGCCGCCAGAGUUGCUGCUGACACCAGUUUUGUUACCCCUGGAGGAUCUGGUUCUUCGGGAUGGAAGAAUAACCCAACAUACGAUGUCGAUGAUAGCAUGAACGUGGAAUGGAAUACGGACCUUGAAGAGACCAACCUAUUGCUCUGGCAGGACUAUCCUCCCGCUGGCGGCGGUACUCAGUUUUUCGUCCAGCUGAAAGAAAACACAACAUCGACGAGUUUUAUCUGGACAGUCAACUUUGGCGGUUUCUCUACAGAAGUUGGUGACAACCGAGACGCUGUUUUCCACUACUCCCUCUUCAAAUCCGGCACAAACGACAUCGUCGCCAAUUCAGCUGCGUUCAACGUUACUGUCCCUAAAGACGAGACGACAUCUGCCUCUCUUGCUUCAACAACCGCCCUCCCAAGUCCUUCAUCGACCGGUGCCCUCUCUGAGACGACAACAACCGACGCUGCGACCGAGACAACAACAGACACUUCCUCCGACAAAGAUGAUGGAGGCCUCUCCACUGGUGCCGUAGCCGGCGUGGCGGUCGGCGCGACCAUUGGAGGUAUUGCCCUGCUCGCCGGUGCUGGCUUUCUUCUCUGGCGACAUUUCCGAAAGGGCAAAGGUGCUACAGCUGGAGGAUACGCGCCGCCCAGUGAGAUGCCUGUUGGUGCGCAGAACCAGCCUGUGCAGGAGUACUACAAGCCUCCCACGCAGCAGGCUCCGGCUGAGAUGGCCGGUCAGCCUUGGGUUCACCCGUCGCAGAACGGAUACCAGGGACCUGGUGGCCUUCAUGAGGCGCCUUAGUUGAUAAUAAGAUGGAUGUAGAGGGGGAUUGUGUAUAACCCGAGGGUCAAAAGGUUUCAAGAUGUUGUAUAGCAAAGCAUGGAGUUGAUUGGAUCAGCCGGUGAUAUGUUUCUUAAUUACCCAUUUCAAUACCAAGAAUUUUAUUAACAAUAUCUUCGUCUCAUCGGCGCAACAGUGAGUGAUGACCAGUAAAGAUAGCGACAUCUAAGCAACCUCUAACAUGAUGCUUUACUCCGAAGUAAGGAAGCAAUAUCACUGCCUCCUAAAGAUUGCAGCAAGUACAGCCUAACCUGCCUUUCUUAGUUCCCUUCAUUCUUCUUCUCCAGUUCCUUGGCGAGUUUCUUCUCCCUCUCCCUCACAUCAUCCGUCACACUGUCCCCAAAGUCAACCAACUCAGCAAUCUUCCUGACCGUGACCUCGCCCUCCUUGAAAGGAAUUCUCUUCGCCCAGCUAACAGCUUCUUCACCGUCUCUGGUCUUGAGAAUCCACCAGCCACAAACGUGCCCUUCUCUCACAACGUCAAAAGGCCCCUUGGUGACCUGUGCAGGACCAUCCAUGGAGUAUGUAACACGGUAGCCAUCUUUGGUUGGACUGAGGCCAUCGGCUGAGAGAAGAACGCCAGCUGCAUGAAGCUCUUCGUUAAAGGUGGUCAUCUCUUCAAAGAUCUCGGGUCCAGUGGAAGUUGGGUUUUCAGCUUCUGGAGAAGCUUUGAUGAGGAUCAUAUAUCGAGGCAUGAUAUGUGCGUGCUCAAAAUGACAGCUAUGAGGUUUAAAGGUUGAUAAAAAAUUGCAGGAAAGCGGUUCUUUGAGCUGCCGAUUCAACGGGAGCACGCCCUUCUUUGUACAAGUUGAG